AAAAGAAAAAUCUAUUUGCUGUGUGGAGAAUGGACUGGAGAAGAGUAAGAAGUGGGGGUCCAUGCAGGAAGCUGUUGCGGAAGCCCAGACUUAGAUAAAAAAAAGCAUGUAGACCUGAAGAUGGACCAGGCCUUGCUGCUUAUCCAUAAUGAACUACGCGGAACAAACCUGACUGUCUUCUGGAAUUCCGAACGCUGUUAUCACUGCUUGUUUCAGGUUCUGGUGAAUGUUUCCUGGAGUGGGAAACCUGGGAAGCCUAGCAUUGCCGCAGUGGCGGUGAGCACCCAGCAUGGAUCUCUCCUGCAGCUUAAUGACACCUUGGAAGAGAAAGAAGUUUGUAGGCUGGAAUACAAAUUUGGAGAAUUUGGAAACUAUUCACUCUUGGUAAAGCAGGCACAUAAUGGAGACAAUGAAACUGCUUGUGACAUAGUUGUCAACAAGAAUCCCAUUGACAGUAACCUUCCUGUGUGUAUUGCGUUCCUCGUUGGUGUGGCGCUCAUCAUUGCAGUAUUCUUUCUGAGGUUCUUGUUGAGUUUGGACGACUUUCAUAAUUGGAUUUCUAAAGCAAUAAAUUCUCGGGAAACUGAUCGCCUCAUCAAUUCUGAGCUGGGGUCUCCGAGCAGGGCAGGCUCCAUCGGUGGCGAUGCUCAACUGGAAGCGUGGCAUCCACCCGCUGCAUCGCCGCGCCUCCGUUGUGUGGACACAUUCAGGGGGAUAGCUCUCAUCCUCAUGGUCUUUGUUAAUUAUGGAGGAGGAAGAUAUUGGUACUUCAAACACUCCAGUUGGAAUGGACUGACGGUGGCUGACCUUGUAUUCCCAUGGUUUGUAUUUAUUAUGGGAUCUUCAGUUUUCCUAUCAAUGACUUCCGUACUGCAGCGAGGUUGUUCAAAAUUCAAAUUGCUGGGGAAAAUUGCAUGGAGGAGUUUCCUGUUAAUCUGUAUAGGAGUGGUCAUUGUGAACCCCAAUUAUUGCCUUGGUCCAUUGUCUUGGGAUAAGGUGCGAAUUCCUGGCGUGCUCCAGAGGCUGGGGGUGACCUACUUUGUGGUUGCUGUGUUAGAGCUCAUCUUUGCUAAACCUGUGCCUGAAAGCUGUGCCUCGGAGAGAGGCUGCUUUUCCCUUCGAGACAUCAUCUUUAGCUGGCCCCAGUGGCUCUUCAUUCUGAUGCUGGAAAGCAUUUGGCUGGGCUUGACAUUCUUCUUGCCUGUUCCUGGAUGUCCUACUGGUUAUCUUGGCCCUGGUGGCAUUGGAGAUUGGGGGAAGUAUCCAAAUUGUACUGGAGGAGCUGCUGGCUACAUUGACCGCCUGCUUCUGGGAGAUGACCACAUUUACCAGCAUCCUUCUUCGGCCGUGCUUUAUCACACUGAGGUGGCCUAUGAUCCAGAGGGAAUUUUAGGGACCAUCAACUCCAUUGUGAUGGCAUUUUUAGGAAUUCAGGCAGGAAAAAUACUCUUGUAUUACAAGGAUCAGACCAAAGACAUUCUGAUCAGAUUCACUGCCUGGUGUUGUUUUCUAGGGCUUAUUUCUGUUGCGUUGACAAAAGUUUCUGAAAAUGAAGGCUUUAUUCCAAUAAACAAAAAUCUGUGGUCCAUUUCGUAUGUCACCACACUGAGCUCCUUUGCCUUCUUCAUCCUGCUUAUCCUGUAUCCCAUUGUGGACGUGAAGGGACUGUGGACGGGAACCCCAUUCUUCUACCCAGGAAUGAACUCUAUUCUGGUGUAUGUUGGCCACGAGGUGUUUGAGAACUACUUCCCCUUUCAGUGGAAGCUGCAGGACAACCAGUCACACAAAGAGCAUCUAACUCAGAACAUAGUUGCCACUGCAAUUUGGGUGCUCAUUGCCUAUGUUCUCUAUAAAAAGAAGGUUUUCUGGAAAAUCUGACAGCUCCAGCUGAAAUGCUUUGCUGGCAGAGACUCUAGUGGGCUGUGGGGGAGUGUUGAAUCAGCCUUUAUUAAAGGGAACCAUGAAUUCUAAAAUCAGUAGGAUGUGUAUUUCCCAAUGAUUGGGGAAGAUGCUGAUGCACUCUGGCUGGUUUACUAUGAUGCGGCUGUUCAUCAGAACUAUGUAUAUUUGGGACUUAGAUGUUUGGAAUAUAAUUGUCUUUUUUCUCCAUCUUCCAUGUAAAUGGAUGUAUUUAGAACUUCAUUUUAAGGAUUUCUCAUUUAACUCUUCAAAAGGAAAUUGCCAUGGGCAUUUUGCUUCUGUGAUGGAUAAAACGAUCUAAAGUCUAAUUUUUAUUGAUCUUGUUUUCCUGUAGACUGUCCUUCCAUGUGCACACAUGCCAGCCAAGAAUACCAUCAUUUCUGUUGUGGCUGACUGGAAGGCUUAUCGAAUGGGAUGUGUAGUGAUGCAGCCAAAUAUUUUCUGUGGUUAAGUGCAAUUUAAUAUUUCAAGAAAGAGUAAUUUCCUUUUCAGAUCUGCAAGGCAUUGGUGGGUCCAGAAAAUGCCUUUCUGUUGGAAGGCAUUCUCUCCUUUUCCCCACUUGAAAAAGACAUUAAGAUACAGAUGUGUUAUUCCCAGCCACUCUCGCUUAUAGUUACAAUACUUACACACCCACUUGGCUGUCUGCACUUGUCUGUCUUUCUCACUGUGUGUCUAGAUGGUGGCUGGCACUCAGGGCUAUAGUGUGGCAGAGAAAAGCACACUGUCUUGUUUGUGGCACCAGCUUUGCCAUCCCUGCCGUAUAAGAUGUCAGCAAGUCCCAUGGUCUCUCUGGGCCUCGGUUCCCUCAUCUGUGAAAUGAAGGAGACAGUGAUGACCUCUCUGGUUCCUUGCAACUCUUAGGCUCAUUCAGGUGGGAUACAUCCGCAGCUUUUCUGAAGUCCUUAGGAAAAUUUUAUUACAGAAAACUCUUCAAAAUAAAUGAUAAUGAAAAGGUUAAAAAACAACUCUCAUUGGAGUAAAUCCUUUCAGAAUGACCCUCCACAGUGGAGGCACUUUCCUGUGUGGAGUCGCAAAACUGGAGAUAGUUUCUCAGGAGUGAAGACAGGAGAACACGCUAAGAGAAACAGCACUCUUCCUAUGAUGCAUCAUGCUUAACGAAUUUUCUGUGAGAAUUCCGUGAGGAGGAAAAGGUGGAAUAGUACGUCAGCCCUCCCUUCCGUGGCGAGCCGAGCCGAGGCCACCUCCACGUCGCUCCGGCCGUCAGCACAGCACAGACGACCUCUGCCUGUGCUCCGCCUGCACUCUCCCCCGAACCCCCAGCCCCAGCGGUCGCUGCCCGCGGGACCCUCCGCCCGGACGCCGGCGGCACGUCAGCGCCCCGUCCUCCCGCCGCUCUGCCCAAGUUCAGACUGCCCCCUGGAUUUUCCCAGCUCCGUGAAUGGCUCCUUCUCUGUCUCUAGCUGUGAAACUCCGUCACCUUUCACUCACCUUACCUCCUCUGUGCCCCCCUCUCCACGCCUCUUCAUUCCCGGCUCUUCCCCCUGAAACUCCUGCCUUGGCGCUGCGGCUGCCUCGUCUCUCUAGUCCGGGCCUCCGUCCCUCAGUCGUUCCUCUGUCAAGUCGCGGUCCGUUGCCUCCAGACUAAGCUUUAUGCAGCAGAGCUCGGGUAAGAUCUCCACACACCAGCUUCCCUCGACGUCGGAACCGCGGUGCCUGACGUGUGUGUGUACAGAACCACGCUCGGGGGAGCCGGACAUACUUUCCGGCUGCUUGGCCCCGCCCCCCGCCCGGGCCCCGCCCACCCCGCCUCCGCCGGCGGCCAGGCUCCUCCCCGCGCAGCACUUAGUACCUCCUGCUUCUGAUUUUGAGGGCAGUCUUCCUGCUUUACUUUCUCCCCUUAAUUUUCUCCUGGGUACACUUGACCUUUAGACCCCCUACUUCUGAAACACCUUCUCUAAUCUCGUAUUCUCAUCCAAAAGUAAUAUUUUCUUCCUCUCAUGAUAUCUUACUGGGAUCAGUCUCAUGGCAUUUAUCGCUUUCUGCCUGGUAUGAUAGUGACUUGUGUACGUGUCGCAUUUCCCACGCUAGACUGUGAACUUGUUAAGGGCGAGCAUUAUGUCUUGUUCAUCUGUAUAUUCCUCGUGGUGCACACACAGUGCCUCAUACUUAGCAGGCGCUAAAUAAACAUUUAUCAAAGCAAA